CACAGCUCCACGGAGUCGCCCCCAACCCCCGCGCCCGCGCUUGGACGCCCGCUCCCUCCUCCUUCCCCCCGCUGUCCACUCCCACCACUCCUCCAUCCUCCUCCUUCUCCUCUCCCUCCUCCGCCUCCCUCCGUGCGCCCCUGUCCGCGUACCUGUUCAACUCUCUUGGCCCUCGGGGACUCUAGGUUUCUAACCGGGGCGUCUCCGCGCCUCUCCUCUCGUCUCUCUCUCUCUCUCUGGUCUCUAUAUGUCUCUCUGCUCAUCUCUGCCUAUCUCUGUCUCUGUCUUCCCAGAGCUCAGUUCCGUCUCCGCCCGUGUCCUCCUACCUCCGGCCGGCCGGUGGCCGGAGGUGGCGGCGGGGCCCCCCCGCGCCAGGCACAAUGAGUGGCGCCUGCACGAGCUACGUGAGCGCUGAGCAGGAGGUGGUGCGUGGCUUCAGCUGCCCGCGCCCGGGGGGCGAGGCGGCCGAGGUCUUCUGCUGCGGCUUCCGCGACCACAAGUACUGCUGCGACGACCCGCACAGCUUCUUCCCCUACGAGCACAGCUACAUGUGGUGGCUCAGUGUUGGUGCUCUUGUGGGCCUGUCCAUAGCAGCGGCGGUCCUCCUGGCCUUCAUUGUCACUGCCUGUGUGCUUUGUUACCUGUUCUUCAGCUCAAAGCCUCACUCAAAGUUGGACCUAGGUUUAAGCUUACAGACUACAGAUCCUGAGGAGGUGCCCCCUGACCACCAAGAUGGGAAUUCAGGCAAGUCGGUGGAGGUGCCAGGAGUGAACCGUCUACGGCAAAGUUACCCCUUCCCAAAACCACAGCUGGACUGGAAGGAGGAGCAGGCUGUGGACCCCAGACAUCUUCUCCAGCACUGCUUCAUGGCCACAGUGACCACCAGUGACAUUCCAGGCAUCCCUGAGGAGGCCCCUGUCCCCAGUCUAAUCUCACAUGGACCAGCCCCAUAGACAUACAAUAAAUGUCUCUACACCAUC